AUGAGUGGUAUUAAACGAAGUUUUCUUGCUGAAGACUGUUCAGCAACAACAAAUGAUAAUAAUUCAGCAUUAACAGAUAAUAAUAUACAAUCAUCAAGUCCAAGUGAUUCUCCACAAUCAAAAAAACUUCGACGUUCAUCAUCACAUCAUACAACAGAAUCUGAAAAUGAUGAUGAAACUCAAGAAGAUCGAUAUGAACAAGAAAAUGGCGUAACCAAUGGUCAUUCACCAGUUCAAUCAGAAAGAUCCGAAGAAGAAGAAGAUGAUGAUGAAGAUGAUGAUGAUGAUGACGAUGAUGAUGAAGCAACUGAAGCUGAACCAGAAUGUUUUUCUGAUGAUUCAAUUGUUCAUGUCAGUUUUGAUAAUGGAAAAGAUGAUAUAUUUCGUUACGAUGGUUCAAUUCGUUUUCAUAUUAUUGCACCAUCACGACCACAAUCUGGUCAAUUAACAAGUGAUCAAUCAAUAAUUCGUACAUUUAUAUGGACUUUAUUAGCAUUUUCAAAACCAAAUUAUGAUAGUUGUCAUAAUGAUGGUGGAACAUUUAGUCUUUUUCUUAAAUGUGAACCUGAAAAACUUUCACCGGGUUGGUCAAUAUUUGCUAAAGCUGAAUUAACUCUUUUACAUGCAACUGAUUCGAAUAAAAAUUUUGUGAAAAAAAUCAACCAUUUAUUUAAUGCACGUUCAAUUGAUUGGGGUUUUCAUCAAUUUAAAUCAUUAAAAGAAAUCUAUAGUGAAUUUAUUCAUUGGCCAGAUAAUACAAUUCGAAUUGAAGCAAAAAUUCAUGCUGAUGCUCCACGUAAUGUUGAAUGGGAUUCCAAAGGACAAACUGGUUUUGUUGGUUUGAGAAAUAUUGGUGCAACUUGUUAUAUGAAUUCAUUUUUACAAACAAUUUAUUUUACUAAAAAACUACGACGGGCUGUGUAUGCUUUGCCAACGGAUAGUGAUGAUCAAUUACAUAGCAUUCCACUUGCUUUACAAAAACUUUUUUAUGAUCUUCAAUUUACUGAUCGACCAGUCAAUGAAUUUUGUCAACAUGAUAUACAAGAAUUUUGUCGAGUGUUACUUGAUAAAUUAGAGUCCAAAAUGGAAGGUACAACUAUGGAAGGUGUUAUUCCAUCGCUUUUCCAAGGACAAUAUGUGCAAUAUGUUCGAUGUACAAAAGUUGAUCAUGAAUCUCGAGUAAAACAAACAUUUUAUGAUGUUCCAUUACAAGUACGAAAUAAUGCUAAUAUUACGGAAAGUUUUCGAGAUUUUUGUAAAAGUGAAAUCUUAACAGGUGAAAAUUUAUAUGAUGCUGGUAGUAUUCAUGGUUUACAGGAAGCAGAAAAAGGUGUUAAAUUUCAAAAAUUUCCACCCGUACUUUGUCUUCAUUUAUUACGUUUUGAAUAUGAUUAUAAUUUAUCUCAACAUCGAAAAAUAAAUGAUAGUUAUUCAUUUGAUUAUCAUCUUGAUUUAAGUGAAUUUCUUGAAAAUCCUGAUUGUUCAUUAUGUUCAUAUAAAUUAUUAUCAAUAUUAGUACAUAGUGGAGAUAAUUCAAGUGGUCAUUAUGUAUCAUUUAUUAAUCCAGCAUUAGAUGGACAAUGGUUUAAAUUUGAUGAUGAUGUUGUUGCACGAGUAGCAGCAAGUGAUGCUAUGGAAAGAAAUUUUGGUGGUACACAAGAUGAUGAUGGUAGUAUGUAUAAUACAUCAGCUUAUAUGCUUGUUUAUAUACGUGAAGAUUGUCAAAAAGAUGUUUUAUGUGAUAUUAAUCAGGAAGAUAUCCCUCAAAAUUUAAUAACAAGAUUUGACUAUGAUAAAAAAUAUCUUUUAAAACGUCGUCAAGAUAUGAUGGAUAAUGAUGGUUUUGUUGAUGUACAAAUUAUAUUAACAGAUGAUUUUCAUAUUCAACAAACAAUUUGUUUAACUGAUCUUAUUUGUGAAAAUCCUGUUGAAUUAUUACAAAAUAAACGUUGUUUACGAUAUAUACAAGCUCAACAUGGAGAAAUAUUUCGUGUAUUUGCAAGACGAUUAGCAUAUGCAUUGGUAUAA